ACCUGAGACCCUUCCAUGAACCACGUGCUAUCUGAGUUCUAUCGAGACAGGUAUGGCGUGAGUCCUGAGAACAUCAUUCUGUACGGUCAGAGCAUUGGGACCGUCCCCACCGUCGACCUGGCCUCCCGGUACGAGUGCGCAGCCGUCAUUCUCCACUCGCCUCUGAUGUCCGGUUUGCGCGUGGCUUUUCCUGAUACCAGGAAAACGUACUGUUUCGAUGCUUUCCCCAGCAUUGACAAGAUCUCUAAAGUUACCUCUCCUGUGUUGGUCAUUCACGGGACAGAGGAUGAGGUCAUCGAUUUCUCCCACGGCCUGGCCAUGUACGAGCGCUGUCCCCGAGCCGUGGAGCCCCUGUGGGUUGAAGGGGCUGGGCAUAACGACAUAGAGCUUUAUGCACAAUACCUAGAGAGACUAAAACAGUUCAUAUCUCACGAACUUCCUAAUUCCUGAAGACAACUUAAUUUUACCUCAUUUACUGUGAACACGGGAGUCCUCUGUUUUGCACACGCUUUAACUGGAUCGUGGGAACGGCACGCUGACCACGAGGACGUGCCGGCCUCUUGGGUGUUCUAAUCAAACAGUCUUGUAUCUAGAGGUUUUCUACUCAUUCACACAACCUGUUCCCCCGAAUUAUUGCGAUUUCCAGCUUCAUUAACUUUCAGGACUGGGAGUGAGAGCUGAGGGUGGGACCAGGCCUCUCGGGCUGUAUAAAAGAUGCUCCCAUGUGGGGCUCUACCUUACCCAUCAUUUAUGAUUCAUUAAGGCAGGACACCACCCUCCCUCCCCCACGUUCUCAGUAUUUGACAGCAGUUCUUUCAGCCACUAGAUUCACGGGGUCAACCCAACGGUGAAGCUGCGAUAGACUAACUGGAAAACAAUGAAAAUUCCUUUGUUAACUUUUGUUGUCAGGCCAGUCUUUCCCCACAAACAGAUCAUUUGAAGGGGAAUUUACUGGAACUAUCAUAAACAGCUUCAUUAACUGGAACCACAGAAUACAACUGGAAUAUUCUUAAACAAAAGGAAACUGGGUUUUGUUUUGUUUUUAAGUGUAAAUUUAUUACUAGUCAACAGAGUUUUCAUAUUUUGAUUGUCUGGUUGGUCUAACAAAGAGCCUAGCCAACUUUCCUUCUGCAAAGUCCUUCUUGUAGGCUUUUUUAAAGUCCUGUACAUAGUUGCAAUUACAUUGUGCAUAGAUUCUUAAUGGGUAGUUGUCUUUUGUCAGGAUACAACAAUGAACUGCAGAUUCCUUGUUUGUAAUGUAAAUGAUUGGAUACAUUUUGUUAAUAUGUUUUUAUUCCUAUGUUUUGCUAUUAAAAAUUUUAUAACAUUUCCAAGACAAAAAAAAAAAAGAAAAAUUACAAGUUUAUGCUUUGAAGAAUUUAUGUAAUUAAAAUGUCACUAAACUAAUCUUUUUAGUUUAGCUGUUAUUUGGGUUUUGACACUGGAGUUGCAUCAAAUAAGCAUCAGAAAUGUUAAGAUGCUUAAAAUUACUAUACUGCUCGUAUUGGUUGGGAUUUGGGUUUGGAGGUUUUCUUGGUUUUAUUUUAAAAAAAAAUUUUUUUUUUCUUCAAAUUUAAAAGCCUUAAAUGUACUGGAAGCCUCAGAUCAUUGUACAGCUGGAUUGCGGCCGAUGGCCGGUUUGUGUACUGCUGCUUGGAUGUGGCUCAGCAGUUGGUCAUGGAAUAAAGGAUGCAUGAUCAGGA